AUGAAGAACGCGUUGCUGUUGUCACCGCUCUACGUAAGCGGAGGUGACGACAACUCAGCAGAAUCUGCCAAGAAGAAGAAAAAGAAACACAUCCGGGACUACACAGAUGCAGAAAUGGAGGAGUUGUUGGGAGGCAGAAAUUUACCAUGUUGUGAGGUCGUAAAGCUUGCCACGCAAGUCUCUAGUGGCAUGAUUUGUAGCAACACGUGCUGGAGUAAUGAAGAGGACAAGGAUCCAGACGAUUAUGCAUGGAAGAAACCCAAACAACCAAACGUCAUGUUCGACCCUUCGAAGCCCAUCGACAACGUCGAGGAUCUCCUCAAACAAUCAAAGAAAGGACAAGUUCUCAUGUUGUUCGUCCAAGUCGCAGGCGAUGUGACCAAACCACAAGCAGAGAAGCUCACCGGCCAAUGGCAAUUGUCUCUAUUCAACGGAAACAUUCAGAUCCAGAGAUACAUGAUAGACGACACGAAAGCCAUCUUUCUACUCGAAGACGGCAGUUUGGCUUGGGACGUAAAAGACUAUCUCAUUCAACAACCCGAGUGUCGAAGUGUGGAAAUCGAGCAAAAGACGUAUUGGGGCAAGGGGCAAGACAAGCAGAUAAAGAUGCAGAGGACAAGAAAAGUGACGAGAUAAAGAAAAAGGCGGCACAAACAGCCGUACCGAAGCCAACAGAAGAGAAACCAAACGAACAGAGAACGAGCGAAAAGAGGGCGGGGUCUAGUGGAAGUCAACAUAGCAAGGAUGAUCUAUAGUGAGGGAUGUGCUGUAUUGAGUGAGAGGAACUGAGUGUAAUAUUUUUACGAUGGAAAGUUUCGAACCAUCACAGACUCAUGAUCAACACCGGUUGUGUACAUCAAAUCAACUCCAUCGUCACUGAUCAUGAACAGCUGUAGGUUAUUCUUGCAUUGCAUUGCAAGAGAUUUCCUAAUUAAUUAAAAACUGUUUUCAAUAGGUAUUGCACUAAAACGUUUAACUGAUUAUUAGUAUAA